AUGCUCUCACUCUUAACCUGGGCCGCCGCCCUGCCCCUUGCAACAGCAGCAUCCCUCCAACAGAUAACCUCCUUCGGCCCCAACCCCACCAACGUCUCCUUCUACCUCUACGUCCCGGACUCCCUCAUCCCCAGCGCGCCCCUCCUCGUCUUCCCGCACUGGUGUCACGGCACCGCCCAAGACGCCUUCAACAACAAGCCCUGGCGCUCCCUCGCCGACACCCUCGGCUUCGUCACCAUCUACCCGUCCACCCCCUGGACCGCCGACUACUGCUGGGACGUCUCCUCGCCGCAGACGCUCUCCCACGACGGCGGCGGCGACUCGCUCGGCAUCGUGAGCAUGGUCCGCUGGACGCUCCACAAUUACGACGUCGAUCCGGACCGCGUCUUCGCGCUGGGCACGAGCUCCGGGGCCAUGAUGACGAACGUGCUGGUCGGGGCGUACCCCGAUGUGUUCGCGGCCGGCGCGGCGUUUGCGGGGGUGCCGUUUGGGUGUUAUGCCGCGGACGGGUAUGAUGUCUGGUCUGAUGAUUGUGCGAGCGGGCGGAUUACGCACACCGGGGAGGAGUGGGCGGAGAUAGUGAGGGCGGCGUAUCCGGGUUACGAGGGCCCGAGGCCGAAGAUGCAGGUGCUGCAUGGGGAUGUGGAUAAUGUGCUGAGUGUGACGAACUUUUAUGAGGAGAUAAAGAUGUGGACUACGGUGCUAGGUGUUAGUCAGACGCCGACUGAGGUCGUGGAGAAUGAUCCUGUUGCGAACUGGACGAAGAGUGUCUAUGGCACGAGGGGGCUGUUUGAGUCGUUUUUGGCGCAUGGGGUUGAUCACAAUAUCCCGGAUCAGCCUGAGGCGUAG